AUGCGGCUUGCAGGUGGCUUGUUCAUUUACCCUUAUCAAGAAGUCAUUAAUGCGCCACAUCAAAAUGGUCCGAGAAUGGCCGUCGUGAACAAGAAAGACCGACUCUUCCUCAUAACACAGCAGGUUGUUAACCAUUGUUCCUCAUCACGCCAAUCACCCCAAAACGCUGCACGAAACAACGUAAACAUGGUGUUUGCACAGCAAUGGACCACUGUCGCCCCUUGGGUACGCAAGAUUGCACCCCUCGUCCACCCUGAGAAGAUUCGCAACUACGCUCCCGUCAUUGCCACCUGGGGAGCAGCAGCCGGUAUCACUGUCCUCUUCUUCCUCGAACCAACUCCCAUCGCCCGUACCGAUAUCUUCCAGAACAUUCCUGUUGUGGGUGGAUUCUGGAAGCACAAGCUGGAAGCGCGGGAACAGAAGGACUAGGAUAUCUUUAAGAAAUGAUGCAAUACAUGUGUGUUUGACGUUACGUGGGUCGACACGAUUUGCCUUGGGGAGGAGCAGCUAAAUAAUAGAUUAUGUUGAAUGCCGUGA